AUGUUGCAGCCCCUCAACAUACUCACACUCCUUUUCACUAUCGCAUGGUGCUGCGCUACGGUGCUCGGGGCGCCCCAGAAAAUCGACAACACCAGUCCCGAGAUCCAAUACACGGGUGCUUGGAGCAUGUUCAACACACCAGGAGAUGGGGACUUCGGAAACACGCUCGCAUUCUCGCAAGAUAACUUGGACACGGCGAAAUUGCAAUUCUCGGGCACCUCGGUCACUGUCUUCGGCGCCCUGAAGCCAGUGGGGACAUGGAACAUGCACUCUGCGUACUAUCUGGACGACUCUUCUCCGGUGGGAUUUAUUCCGAACCCCCUGGUCGCCUCAGAACAGCAUCAAGUGACAUUCUACUCCUCGGGACCGCUCAGCGACGGGCCUCAUACUCUCACAAUC